AUGAGCGCGCAGCGGGCGAUCUUCCAUGGGGUACUCCUGCUACACUGUCUCGAGCCCGUUUCUAUCCGGGCGGUUUCGCCCGUUCAUGUUUCCAUCAGCCUCUAUCACGCAGCAUUAGCCUGGUACUACUAUCUGCAACUCGCACCGGCAGACCGUGCCUAUGCGCGAGUAGUAACCAUAGAGGAGGAGGAGGAGGAGGAAGAGGAAUUUCGAAAAUUCACCUAUAUUAGUAUCAACACGGGUGAUUCGCUGCUGGAAGCCCCCGAAUUCAAAAUUUACCGACCCUGUGCGCAGGACUCGACCGUUCUAGCAGGGCUAAUUGAUAUGCUCAAUCGGAUCAGUUACUGGGGGUCGUCGCGAUCUCUAGCGUCUUUCUUGACCCUUCUGGCCGCAAACUCGACGGAAAACACAGGCCAACUCUUCAAAAAGAGGGCAGUUUCAUGA